AUGUCAACCACACAGGGGCGCUCACCCGAAGACCACAACGACAGAUCGAAGUCGAGAGCAUCCAAAGCAUGUGCUCGAUGUCGUUUGAAGAAAGCAAGAUGCUCUGGUGGCGUACCAUGUACCAAUUGCAGACUGGCUGAUGCUGUAUGUCAUUUUGGAAACUUUCAGAGGUCACAACGAAAGAUGUUCCCUGAGCACUAUGUGCGAGCACUCGAGGCACAGCAGCACAAGCUCGAAGUCGCGGUGCACACCAUGUAUUACAGACUGAUUGCUGCCAACGCAUGGCCGGGCCCAAGACUCAUGGAGCGCGAUGGAAAUCCGCUUUUACACGAAAUACUCGCAGUUUUGGGUCUACUAGAGUCCUCAAACGACGACAGAGCUCAAACCAGCGUCGCCAAACCUGAGAACGAAGAACACCAGAACGACUCGCCGAGUGCUGAGGGAUCCCUUGUCGCAAGUCCAGAAGAGCAGUAUCAAAUACGGCGAAACUCGGCACCCACUCCUUCUCAAGAAGUCUCCCACUCUCGCAACCCCUCCAGUCUCUCACAAUCCAUGAUGCCAGAAGAAGCCCGCUGGUUCGGGGGAAUCCCUGGGCUAUUGUCACGAACGACUGGUGUACAAUCUUUGGUGGCACCACGGCGGAUGGACUUCGCACCACCUCUGUCUUCUGCUAGCAAACCUCAAGAACCAUCGGCCAACGUCCGACCGGGACCCCAAUCGUUAUCAACAAGCUUCGGUCAGCAACAGACAUUCGUGGCUGCUCAAGGUUUACAAAGCGCUGCAUACCAGUAUCCAAGCUUGGAAGGUAUGGACUGGAAUCUUCUCCAGGAAUCUGCAGACUGGUGGUAUGAAGAUCCGGGUGAUCCAGCAGAGCAACAAGUUGCAGUGGCAGGGGACAGUUCGGAAACCCAGGAAGGACCGUGUGAAUUGGAUGGUUUAUGGCAAUCGUCACAAGACAGAGGCAUUCCGCAGGCCACGUCCGAUGACGAUGAUGGGAUGGACAGAGCGCUUCCAACGCACUUCUUCAAGAUUGGUUGGUGA